CACAUGUCGGAUUCGAAGUAAACAGUGGCGCACUCUGCCAAAUUCUUGAAUUAUCCGCUUAUAAUACGUUUUGUUAUAACAGACAACCGCUCUUAACGUUUUUUUUUUACGAUUAGUUUCUCGUGUUAUAUUGGCUACUGGCGUCAUGUGGGCGAUAAGAAUCUAACGUUACUCGAGCCGCUGAAUACUUUAUGCAGACUUUGUUUAGAAAGAAUAUUGUUGACAAGCAAAAUAUAAUGGAUUGUGUUGCGACCGGAGGAAACGUGAAAGUUUUAGCUAAAGCCAUCCAUUCCCUGUCAAGAAUCGGAGAGGAGCUGUAUAUGGAGCCGAUGGAGGAUGGGUUGGCCCUGCGGUCAGUCAACUCUUCCCGGUCAGCCUUCGCCUGCUUCCUGCUGUCUCCUCUCUUCUUCCAGAGAUACCAGGCUCCUUCAGACCAGAGCUUUCGAUGCAAGAUGCCCAUCAAGAGCGUUCAGGCUGUGUUCAAAUCCCUGACGUCUCUGGACCGCUCUGUAGAAAAAUGCCGUAUUCAGUUGAACAGUGAAAAGAGUCGGUUGACCAUAACUCUGCACUGUAAACAUGGGCUCUUGAAAACGCACAAUUUGUCCUAUCAGGACUGUGAGGGUUUGCAGGCCGUAUUUGAUAAAGAGAGCUGUGCAAAUGUGCUACAGGCUCAACCCAGGUUGAUGGUGGACACAGUUCUGCACUUCCCUCCGUCUCUGGAGGAGGUGAAUCUGUCGGUGAGCAGUGAUCGCGUGUGGCUCAGGAACCACGUGGAGGAUGAUGCAGACUCAUCACGAGCAAUGAUGACUGAACUGUGUUUGAGCUCGGAGGAGUUUGAUCAUUUUGCCGUCGGCAGUCAGACCAGCAUCACCUUCUGCCUCAAAGAGCUCAGGGGUUUGCUUGCAUUUGCCGAGUCGUCUGGUCUUCCCAUUUCUAUGUAUUUUGAUGAGCCAGGCAGUCCCGUUAUCCUGAGUGUUACAGACAGUGUUCUGGAGGCUAAUUUUGUCCUCGCUACACUGUCAGAGGACUCGCAUCCGAAGAACCACGUCAACACAAAACGCCCUGACACAGAACAGCCACCAGACGACUUCAUGAGCGACGACAUGGACUCGUUUCUCAUUGCCAUGGAGACCAGCGAACUUCCUGGACCGUCACAUGUCCCCACGUCCCCACCACGACCCACCAGUAACAGAAAGCACUCCUUCAGUGAAGAGGAAGCACUUGCAGAAGGACCUCCCAACAAAAAGUUUUGUUCACUUUUCUUCGGUUCAGUUCUGCCCACUCCCUCUCAGUUGCCCAAUCAGACCAUGCAGAGCCAGGAAGUGCUGGCAAGUGACAGUGAAGACGAAAAUCAGACCGAAACAUCAUAACCGCCCAUCGACUGAACUAAACGAUGUGGAAAAACUCUCCCACAUCCCCAACCUCACAAACACUGCUAAAAACAUUUACACAGAAGUCUCCACUUGAUUUUAUUUUUCUAUGAAAAUAAUUAUGGUUUUAAACCAAGAGAUGUGAAUAUGUGAAUAUAACAAACCACAUCAAAUCAUUGCACAAGUCACAUUAAAACAUCUCACUCCCACUGUGGAAUACAAAUA